AUGGCAAAAGGCAACCAUCAUGCCAUAAUAAAAGAAGAAGAAGACUUAGGUUGUUUAAGUCGAAAAGUUGAAAAUGCACUUCACAAUUUCAAAGUGCAAAAUGAUACUUUGAAAACAUUGUUUCAGGCUGAUACAUUAUCAUUGUGUUAUAUAUGCAAAAGAAUGGCCCAACAUGCUGAGCUAUUCAUACAAAAUGUACAGAGCAAUCAAAUACUAUUGGCGAACUUUCACAAUUUGAUGGAUUGCACAUUUCAAAAUAUCAGAGAUCAGAUUGAACCUGUGAUAGAAUUAAAGCAUUUUCCUCUGGAUAUGAUACAGUUGAGUGGAAAUCCAUCUGAUGAUGUUGAUGAGCCUUACUCUGUGAUGUAUAGUGGUAGUGUAGCUAAAGCUAUGAAUAUAAAACAAGAGAUAAAAGAAGAGAACGGAGAUAUGUCUGAUCAUUUGGAAGGCGAAUUUGUUGACAAUGAUGAAUUUCAUGAAACACUCAUCAAAGGUGAAGAUGAGUUUCAAAUCAAAGCACUGUUGAAAGAGGAGGUGGAAUCCGAUGAUGUUGAUUUAAAAUACCUCAAAGAAACUUUGAAAAAGAAGAAAGUAAAGAAAAGAAUCAAGAAAUCAACGGAAGUAGACAAGAAAGACACUAAAAAGGCUGUAGAGAUACCCAAAACAAAACAUGUAUUUAUAACAAUGGAACAAUGUAUGGAGGAACGAGCCAAGAUGAUGCAGGAUACAAGAUAUUUAAAUUGUCUAUAUAAGUGUGAGAAAUGUAUUAAAGGUUUCAAUUAUAAGCCUAGCUAUGAGGAACACAUGCAGAAACAUAGUGAGAAAAUGGGUGAUUAUGUAUGUGAUAUUUGUACGCAACGGAGGCCGACUGAAGAGAAAUUGCAAAGCCACAGGCAAUACCACCAACGUCGUUACAAAUGCAUCGAGUGUGAUCUCGUAAGGGUCAGCAAGAUAACAAUAAAGGAACACUACACUGCCACACACUGCUUCGGUUACUUCCAGUACAACUGCCCACACUGCCCUAAAGUUUUCACACGUCAAGUGUCACUAAGGAAACACAUAUGUUACUGUCACACGCGCAAAAGUCGUGUUUCUUGCCCGUACUGUCCCAAGACAUACGCCAAUAAGGAAUCCCUGAAGGUACAUAUUAUGGGAUGCCACGAGAAAGACGAAAGUGCAGGUGUUAAGAACAAACCGCACGUGUGUUUAGAGUGCGGUAUGAGAUUCAGUACCCCGUCGUCACUGAAGAACCACAGCAUAAAGCACGUGAGGACCCGCGACUUUUAUUGCGUGGAAUGUGACAAAAGUUUCAAAUCAGAUGCCGUUCUAAAACAUCACUUGAAAACAGCCUUACCUCACAUCAGUUACUUGGAAUUACCGUUGGCGUGCCUGCAUUGCGACAAACGUUUCGCCAUCAAAAGGGACUUAGAGAGGCACAUGAACAGAAUUCAUUUAAACAUAAGACCGCACAAAUGCGACAAAUGCGAUAAGGCUUAUGUGAACAAUUGGUCGUUGAGGGAGCACAAGAAGAUUGUCCACGACGGCUACCAGAGACCCCGCAAGUAUCCUUGCACUAUGUGCGAUAAAGUGUUCGAUCGUCAACAAAUACUCAAGAGUCACAUACGAACACACACCGGAGAACGCCCCUACCAUUGCACCAAAUGUUCGGCUCAGUUCAGCCAAGCCAAUGUACUGGCAACACACAACAGACUGAUACACUUGAAACUGACGAGAAACGGCAAACCUAAACCUGGCAUUGUGAAAUCUGAAUAA